GCCCCUUUUCCCGCCUCUUCAGCCCGCCGCGCGCGGGGCACGCCGGGAUACAUCCCCCCUCCUCCCUGCGCCGCGCGGGGCACGCCGGGAUACAGCGUGGCGCUACCACGCGCCGCCAUGGGGGUGCAGCGCCGCCGCCGCGGCUCCGCGCCGGCACAGGGGCCGGUGGCCGGGACCGAAGCGGGAGCGAGACCGGGAGCGAGACCGGGAGCGACGCCGGGGCUGGAUCCCGGCACCGCCGCUUAUUUCCGCCGGGCCCUGGAGACGCUGCAGGAGGGGCUGAGCCCGGAGGAGCUCGAGCUCUUCGCCCGCAACGUCUUGGCGGAGGCGGCGGCGGCCGGCGUGGCGGCGGCGGCCCUCGACCCGGCGGCCUCGCGCCUCCUCUGCGCCCUGCUGCCCCGGGCCCCCCCCGGGCUGCUGGCCCCCACCCUGAGCGCCCUGGGGGCCGGGGGGCUGGCGGGCCCCGCCGGGCACCCGCGGGGGGCUCGGGUGCUCGAGGCCGCCCUCGCCGGGGUGCCCGCCGCCCUCGCCGAGGCCUCGGGGCACCCAGACCCCCCCCGGGGGCAAUUAGACCCCCCCCGGGGGCAAUUAAAGCCCCCCAAGGGACAAUUAAACCCCCCCGGGGGGCAAUUAGAUGCCCCUAGAGCUCAAUCAGACCCCCCCGGGGGGCAAUUAGAGCCCAUGGGGCCCCUGGACCCCCCCGGGGGGCAAUCGGCCCCCCCCGGGGAGCAGCUGCUGGCCGCCGUGGGGCAGCUGGUGGCGGCCGUGGGGCAGGACCUGGUGGCCUUCGCCCGGCACCCGGCCGGCAGCUUCGUGGUGCGGGCGCUGCUGCGGGCCCUGGGGGGCCCCCCGGGGCGGGAGGUGGGGGGGCAAUUAAAGGAGUGGGGGGUAAUUAGCGGGGGGCAAUUAGGGGGUUUUGCCCCCCUCACCCCCUCACGGCUGCCAUUUUGCCCCCCCUCACGGCCGCCAUUUUGCCCCUCCAGGAGCCCCGCAGUUGCCCCUGGGGGCGGGGCCAAAGGCCAAGGGGGCGGAGCCAGGCACCAAGGGGGCGGAGCCAGGCGCCGAGGGGGCGGGGCCUCCCCCAGCCCUGCUGCCCCUGCUGGGGCAGUUGGCGGCGGCCCUGGAGGAGCAGCUGCCGGCGCUGCUGUCGCCGGCCCCCGCCAGCCUCUGCCUGCAGGUGGCGCUGCAGGUGCUGCACCGCAGCCAACCGCCCGCCGCCGCCCGCCUCUGCGCCGCCCUCAUUGGCCGCCUGGCCCCGCCUGGCCCCGCCCACACCCACAGCCCCCUGGCGGAGGCGCUGCAGGACCCCGAGCGCAGCCGCCUGGCCGAGGCGGCCAUGACGGUGGCGGGGCCCCGGCUGCUGCGACGCCUCUUCCGGGCCCAGCUGCGGGGCCGCCUCCGCCGCCUCGCCCGCCACCGCGUGGCCAAUCACGGCCUCCAGCGCCUCCUCAACCACGCCCCUGCCGACGUGGUGGGGGAGGCCCUGGCGGAGCUGGGCCCGGCGCUGGCGGAGCCCCUGGCCCGGGGCCACCCCGGGGUGCUGACGGCCCUGGCGGGCGCCUGCCGCCGCCACCCCCGCUCCAGCCCGAGGCUCUGCGCCACCUCUUCCAGGCCUUCGAGUGCUGGGAGCCGCCAGGGCGCCGGCGGGCCUGCGUGGGGCUGCUGGCGGGGCUCCGCCCCUUCGGGGGCGGGGCCUGUGCCGAGGAGGGGGCGGAGCCCCAGGCCUCGCUGGACGCCGUCACCCUCCAGGGCUCCCUGCUGCUCCAGCACCUGCUGCACUUCGCCGACCCGGCGCCCGUCCUGGGGGGGCUGGCGGCGCUGCCCCCCCCGGCCCUGGCCGCCCUGGCCUGCAGCCCCCCCGGCAGCCACGUCUGGGAGGCCCUGCUGGCCUCGCCCACCGUCCCCGCCCGGCCCCGGCGCCGCCUCCUGCGCAGCCUCAAGGGUCACUUCGCGACGCUGGCGUGUCACCGCAACGGCAGCCGGGUGCUGGACGCCGUCUGGGCCGCCUCCGCCGCCCCGGCCCGCGCCGCCAUCGCCGCCGAGCUGGCGGCCCGGCGGGAGGAGCUGGGGCGCCACCCCCACGGCCGCGGCGUCGCCCGGGCCCUGGCCCUCGACCUCUUCGCCUGCCGCCGCCGCGACUGGCUCCGCCUCCAGGCCGGCCCCGCCCGCCGCCGCGCCCUGAUGGCGGCCAUCUUGGAGGACUGACUCCUCUCCCCCCCCCCCCAAUACGCCCUCGCGGAGCAGCGGAGACGGCCGCCGUGGGGGGCGGAGAGGCGCCCCGGCACCCCCCUGGAGGCCCGCGGGCCAUAGAGACUGUAGAACAAGUGCUAGAGCGGUGCCGUGGCCACUGGUUGCAACACUGAUACCACCAUAGAGAUGGAGAACGGGAAGACAGAGCGGCCCAUGCGCCACAAUGAGCUGCCGGAGGACUGACCCUGUGGGGAAACCAUAGAGACCAAAGAUUGAAGACCAGAGAGUCAUCCCUGUCGCCAUAUUGGAGGACUGACCCCACAGGGCACCACAGAGACUUGACGCAGGAGAGCAGAACGUCGCCGUGGGGCUGCUUGGACACCUGACCCAAAACCAUAGAGACCCGGGAUGGAGGAGCAGAGCGUCGCCCGGAGCAGCUGAUCCUAGGGGUUGUUGGAGGAGCACCACAGAGCUGCUGGAGGACUGAGGUAGAAAGUUGCCCUGACUGUGUGGUGCUCUAUGCUCUGGAGAACUACCAUAGAGAUCUUGGAGGACUGAGGAGCAGAAAGCCCCAUCACCUGUGGAGGCUGUGGGUGUUGGAGGACUGCCAUAGAAAUGUUAACUAAUCGCCUAGAGUGGUUCUGAGGUGAUCAACAACCAUAGAGAGUGUGGAAAACACCUGUAGUCUUGGAGGACUCACCAGCCUGCCAUAGAGACAGGCAAACAGCUGCCUAGAAACACCCAAUGCUUGGAGGACCUCUUGGCUUCUCCCACCCACGGAGCCGCUCUGCUCCUUCUCCGCCCCGUCUUGUCUGCUCUGCGGGACCAACUAACCACAGAGACCUCGGAGGACUGGUGGCCAGAAGAACCCCUGCCCUAGAGCCGCUGGA